CCGGCCCCGCGACCCGCGAGCCGCCGAGGCACCACGGCGCGGGCGGCCGGGGCGGCGACGACGGGGGGCGCGGGGGCCUCCCUGAUGCUUGGAGCAGAAAGAAGGUGCUGGUGGCUGGCAUCACCUUGGAGAGGAGCUGAAGACUAGCCAGAUAAAAAGCACUGAACAAAUGCUGGUUCCAAAUCCCUGGCAGGGAUCAGAACGCCUCUGCUGUGCUGAAAGCCGAGCCACGCACAGAUCAGGAGCGGGCAGUUACAGGAGCUGCUGUCAGUUUCUGUCUAGUUGUACAAUGUCCUUUCAUUCGGGACGCCAGAUAUACCUUUUCAAAUUUAGUGGUCCAAGUCGUGGUGUCAGAAUCGCUGUAGACACAAGUGCCCCCUGAGGUGGGCGCCUCGUCCCUGUCAACUGCACACCUAAUGCAGUGCACACAACCGUCACCAGGAAACGCUGCGGCCAGGGCACUGCUGACCUGCUUGCUGACUCACGUGUGGUUCUUAAGUGUCUUUUCAGAAUGCUCAGAGGCUCCUCUCAAGUUUCCUUGCAAAGAACCCUCACAAGGGUGCUGCCUGCAAAUGGCCUGAAUUUCUCAUUUGUACCAGUAGGUUAAAGAAGGAAUCCUCAAAACCCAGCAGCUGAAAAACUGGUUCAUUAGUGCAUUUAGCGCAAAGCACGGGCUCAGAGGCCUCCUGCGCAGGAGCCCAGGAGGGGGGAGGUUCCGGCCAGUGAUGAGCGGCCGCGUCCCGCUGGCAGAGAAAGCCCUGUCCGAAGGCUACGCCCGGCUCCGGUACCGGGACACCUCCCUGCUCAUCUGGCAACAGCAGCAGCAGAAGUUGGCAUCUGUGCCGCCCGGGACGUACCUGAGCAGGAGUCGAAGCAUGUGGUACUCACAGUAUGGAAACGAGGCCAUCCUCGUCCGGGACAGAAACAAGCUGGACGUCUCCCGGGACACGGGGCAAUCCAAGUUUUGCUCUGUUAUGUAAUUCUGGUGUGAAAACCUGAGACCAGGCACCCAGCCGCCUUGCUAAUCCCUAGUCCCUACUGGGAGAUCCUGAGCAGUGAACGUGAAGGUUGAGCUGUGGUAGAAGAACCCCAAAAUCCCAGAGCUGGCGCCCCGGCCCAUUCGCAGUCGGCCUGAUGGGUGGACUUGGCUCCUGGACUCCACUGUGAUCUUGCAGGCGCUGUAGGCACAGGCCAGGUCCGGGGCCCGGCUAGAUGCUGUUUAGGUGAUGCUUCCGAAUAAGUCAAGCGAGAGGGACACCCCGGUUACAGACCACCUCUUCACAUUCUUACAGGCUGUCUUUAGGAUUCCCUUCUGCCUGGUAAAGAAUGGGUCAGAUCUAGAAAAAGGUGAAGGAAUUGGCAUCAUGUCGGGUCGCAGAUCCAUGUGCAGGACCAAGAUGUGCAGGACCAAGAUGGAUUCACCCUCAAUGGUCAUCGGCAGCAGCAUUUCAGCAGGGACUUUGUGGCACUUGAGUUUUGAGUCUAGUAACCAAAAUGAUCACUGCAUGUGAUGCACUGUGAUGGCUCCUACACUACCUUCCUGAUGCUGGAGGCUUGUGGGGCAAAGGCAUCCCCAAAACAUUAAGGAAACCCCCAAAUUAUUACGUUACACAAAAGUUGCUAACAGUGAUUUCAAAUUUAAUCACAGGGCUGAAAUAGGCAGGUUCUCAGCCGACAGUGGUUCAGCCUCGGCCCACCUGUGUGGGCAGCUUUAUGAGUCAUUUUUAAAGGAUUUGCUGUCUGCUGUAAUUAAGGUCUGUGUGGCGAAGCAAACGUGGAAGUGGCUUUUCUCAAAGACACUUUUGUCAAAGCUAAGUUUUCUUUUCUAAAUAAAUCUCCUUUAGGAGCCGCCUUCCUUCCUCACUCCUUAUUUUGAUCUGUUUGCUCCUAAUAUCCUAACUUGGCUUUCAGGUUUUUUUUUUUUUUUACAACAGUAGCAUCUAACGAUUGCUAAAAACCCCAGUGCAGAAACGCACGAAGCGCCCUCCCCAGAGGCAGUGGCCGUCAGCAGCUCAGCGCGUGCGUGUGCCGAGGUUCCAGAGGCGUCCCACACCACGCAGCAUCUGGUUCUGCGACUUUUUGCUCAGCUGUACAGACGGGGCGAUUACAUCACGCUUCCAACGGCCAGCCGGCAGCGCUCCCGUGAGCCCACAGGUGGGCAGAGACCUUCCCGCUGUCCAUGCGCACGGCACGUCCUGGGCUUCCCUCUGCAUGGCUCCUCGUGCAGGCGUGCAAGCUGGCUAGCAGACAGCGUCCAGAAGGGAACUGCUGGGCCAGACUGCUUUCCCCCAACGUCACGUGUCCAGCCAGAGGCCUGGUCCUUGCGCAGGGAGCCUCGGCUUGCUUACUGCCUCAGGUGGGGAGGCUGGAAGGCAGAAUUCCUUAAGCGCCUCCCGGAGGUGAAGAGGGAAGCCUGUCUCGUGGACACAGUCAGGAAGGACUCUGCAGUAAAGGCUCGCCCGUCCAGGCGCCCUGACACCGGAAUUCCCCGGUAGACAGGCCUCGUCAGCAUCUCUGCGCUCCUUCGACUUCAGUUCAGUUUGGGAAGAAGGCAAACGUCUGCCUUUGCUGGAACGCCUCUGCUGCACGCUCACCGCCCCUCAGACUAACCUAGAAACGGGCCGUGGUUGGCGCAGCCCCAAGCACAGAGGCGGUGGCCGGGAAAGCAAGCACGGGCCACGGCCGCCGUCCGCACUGGUCGGGUGUGCGGGUGACCGACGUGCCCUGGGCCGCUCGCACACAGCUGGCACUAAGCUGCUUUGCGAGCGGGGAGGCCACGUCUGCCUUGGGGACGCCUGGGCGGCUGGCCUUCCCGGCUGGGGCUGGGGAUGCCGUGGUGGACGUGCCCAGUCCCCGUCCUCGGGGAGCUCAGUCUGGGUGACAGGGGGGCAAGGGAAUACAGAGGAGGGGGGGCCUCGGGCCUGGACUUGGGCAGAGCCUUCUCCCGGGACGUCACUGCAAGGCUUGGCUCCAACAGCUGUGACUGUUUUGAAAACGGCGUCAGAACUUGGCAUUUGUCUCGAUACCUCCUUCAUUCCUCGCUGCCGCCUCCACUGUGUGCUGGGUGCUGGGCCGUGUGGACGAAACCUCAGCGCGUACACAGGCUCGACGUGGUUUCCUGGAAACGUCCGUUGUUGGGCCAGCUGGACGAGCGUUUGAUGCCUCUGGUCCCGGAAAGCACCUCAGUGCAGACUGAAGGCACGGCGGGGACAGAGGAUGGAUGACUGGGUGGGCGGGGACCGAGGCGACCGAACCUGUGGGUCAGCGAGGGGGGCGGCCCAUCCACAGAGCCGCUGACCUGAAAAGGUGACAAAGACGCUCCCUAAAUCCCGGGGCCUCCCCACCCAGGCUUUGGACCAGAGCCACUGAGCUCUUUAAGACCGUCUUGGAUGCUUCGGGUAUUCCUGCCAGGAGCUACAGGAUGUCAAAACGAGGGGCUCCCCCCUCGUCACACGCCAGCAAGGGGAGAGCUGGGAGCCCAGAAAGCACAGGAAAAGGCACCUCUUUUUUUUUUUUCUUUUAUUAUGAAAACAAAACAAAUGCCCCAGGAGAAGUGUCCAUGAUUACCAGAAACAUCAAAGAGUACUUUCUACCAUUUUUAUUCCGUUGUGUUGAGGCCAGCAUUGCAAUAAACAAGCUAAAACUACUUA